AUGAGAACCUUGAUGGCCAUAUUGUUGUAUAGAUGGCAUUUAUCAUUGUGGGUACAAUUUUCAUAUUAUUGUUGUUGUUCACAGCAAACUCCUAAAGCUCUAGAUAAAAUCAGCAUUCACUUAACAACAAAAUUGUACCAAAUUUACGUAGAGAAAUUCAUAAUUAAAGAUUCAAGGUUUGUCAAAAUCCAAAAUGGCAGCAAGACUUGUAUCAAAAAUGACAACAAAACAAAGAGCACCACUAGCAUGAAAAGUUGGCCAAAAUUUCUAAGAGUUUUUUGGAAAAAAUACAUAAAUAACAAAUACUUAAUCUUAGAACAGAAGUAUGCACUUUUUAGUAACUGGCUGUCACAUAUUAUUUGCUCUAGAGGCAAAGAUUCAAUAUAA